ACUAGAAUCCAGCUGAAUUCUGAGCUGGGGGAGUUUGCCGUGAGGCUGCAAAUAAAGCAGAUGUGUUGUGAAUUUCAGUAGUGUCUAGACUUUCCUUUACCAAAGUUGAUCAUACAGCAUUUAACCUGUGGUGUUUUCUUUAUUUUGCAUUUUGUUCCUCUUCAUCCUUUUUUUUUUAAGUACUCACAUAAAGGGAAUGAAAUGGAAAAAUUAAGGAAAUACAAGUCAGCGAGACAUGAGGAUCAGUUUUAUCAUCAGGGAGCUGUGGAAUUGUUGGUCUUUAACUUUUUGCUCAUCCUUACAAUAUUAACAAUUUGGUUAUUUAAAAAUCAUCGAUUCCGCUUUUUGCAUGAAACUGGAGGAGCCAUGGUUUAUGGUCUCCUAAUGGGAUUAAUUAUACGAUAUGCAACAACACCAACCAACUUUGAAAGUGGAACUGUCUAUACUUGUGAGAAGCUGAAGUUUGGCCCACCCACUCUACUUGUUAAUAUAACAAACCAAGUAUAUGAAUAUCAGUACAAAAGGGAAAUCAACCAACACAACAUUAAUGCUCACCAAGGCAGUGCAAUGCUUCAAAAGAUGACUUUUGAUCCUUCGAUCUUCUUCAAUGUUUUACUGCCACCCAUUAUAUUUCAUGCUGGAUAUAGUUUAAAGAAGAGACAUUUUUUUCGUAAUUUAGGAUCAAUUUUAACAUAUGCCUUUUUGGGAACUGCCAUCUCUUGCAUUGUUAUAGGGUUGAUAAUGUAUGGCUUUGUGAAGGCCAUGAUACAUGUUGGCCAGUUAAAAGGAGGGGAUUUUCACUUCACAGACUGUUUAUUUUUUGGCUCGUUGCUGUCUGCUACAGACCCAGUGACAGUUCUGGCUAUUUUCCACGAGCUGCAUGUGGAUUCAGAUCUGUAUACCCUCCUUUUUGGAGAGAGUGUCCUAAAUGAUGCUGUGGCAAUAGUUCUCACAUAUUCGAUAUCUGUUUACAGUCCCAAGCAGAGUCCUAACACAUUUGAUGCUGCUGCUUUCUUCCAGUCUGUGGGGAAUUUCCUGGGGAUCUUUGCCGGAUCAUUUGCAAUGGGGUCCUCGUACGCUAUUGUCACAGCUUUAUUGACAAAAUUUACAAAGCUGUGUGAGUUCCCCAUGUUGGAAAUAGGCCUGUUCUUCCUCCUGUCUUGGAGUGCCUUCCUGUCAGCAGAAGCUGCUGGUCUUACAGGAAUUGUUGCAGUCCUUUUUUGUGGAAUCACACAGGCCCAUUAUACCUACAACAAUCUGUCACCAGAUUCCAAAAUGAGAACUAAACAGUUGUUCGAGUUCAUGAAUUUCUUGGCUGAGAAUGUCAUCUUCUGUUACAUGGGGCUUGCAUUAUUCACAUUCCAAAAUCAUAUAUUUAAUGCUCUCUUUAUAUUUGGGGCAUUUGUGGCAAUUUUCAUAGCAAGAGCAUGCAACAUAUACCCACUUUCUUUCAUUCUGAAUUUGGGUCGAAAACAAAAGAUUCCCAGGAACUUUCAACACAUGAUGAUGUUUUCAGGUUUACGUGGUGCAAUAGCAUUUGCACUGGCUAUUCGGGACACAGAAUCUCAACCCAAACAAAUGAUGUUUACUACAACAUUGCUUAUUGUGUUUUUCACAGUCUGGGUUUUUGGUGGGGGCACCACAGCGAUGCUCACAUGGCUUCAGAUCAGAGUUGGCAUACAUCCAGAUGAAGAUCUGAAAGCAGAAACUGCAAGCCAGAGAGCAACUACUGCGGAUAAGAAUACAACCAAGGCUGAGAGUGCAUGGCUGUUCAGAAUAUGGUAUGGGUUUGAUCAUAAAUAUUUGAAGCCCAUUUUAACCCACGCUGGUCCACCACUUACAACAACAUUACCUGAAUGGUGUAAUCCCAUUGCCAGACUGCUAACUAGCCCUAGAGCAUAUGGAGAGCAGGUGAAGGAUGAUGACAUGGACUGUAUCGUGAAUAAUGAUGAACUGACUAUAAAUUAUGAAGCCCCCAAUCCUGUUCCAGUGCCGGCACAGGCCAGAAUAGACUCACCCCAGACUCCAGGCAAGGAAAACAUUCAUGAAGGAGACCUUGGAUUAGGAGGAUAUGAACUCCAUCUUGAACACACUCCAGCACAAACCCAGUUGAAUUCAUUGGCAUGAGCAGUGCAAAUGUAAUCACAAGAAAUGCAUGGAACAUGAAGGAAUACAAGCCAAAAUUAUGAGGCAGUGUUGGUAAGAAGCUAGAAAAUGUAUUAAAAGCAUAAAUUGAAGAGAAUCAAAACCUUGUCAAAUGUAUCUUCUGGUGCCUGAAGAAAUGAGGAUUUAUCAUCAUCAUCCAUAUCUGCUACACAACUAAAUUUAAUGUUUUGACAGUGGCAAUUUUUAUUAAUGCAAUUGAAGGCACUGUCUGCUACAGGCAUAAUUACAGAUGCACUCACAGCAUCAAUUGUACUUCCUGUGCACAUAAAGACAGAAUUUCUGAAUGUUGUUCUCUGUUAAUUAAUUCAGGUGUGGAGGAGAGAGAUUUGAUUAACAUGACCAUGCUCAGAUGGUCGUAGAACUUUUUACAAAGUUGCUCCUGGGCAGACAUAUCCCUGGGACAGGUGGAAAUUUCUUUUGUACAAAUGCAAACUUUGGGCAGAUACUUUCUCUUUACAAAGGUUUAAGACUCCCACUUAAUGCUUACAGCAUUUGGCAUUUUCUAGACAGUCAGUCGAAUUGGAUACUUCAGCAAAAAUAAGUUUCACACCCUGGGCUGCAGAGGGUUAAUUCAGAACACAAAAACUGGGCAUGGCUAUAUUAGCUGUUCAAGCUCAAUCAAUAAUGGAACUUUUUAUUAUUAUUUUGAUUGAUCAUGAUCACUAUGGUAUACAGCAAUUACACUUAUCCCGCAAUGCAUUUGUUGCUAUAGCUUGGCAAUAGGUUUUUAUUCACAGCUUGUGUGAUGGGAACAAUUUAUGGUUUUGGUUAUGUAAAAACAUUCCAAGUUUGUAUUUUGAUUUGAGCUUCUUGGGAGCUGGGUUUUAUUUUGUUUGGUGGUGUGUGUGUAUUAUGUAUAUAUUAUAUAUAUAUAUAUAUAUAUAUAUAUAUAUA